AUGUCUGCAAACGGCGAAACUGUGCCUCAGGGCACGAACGAAGUUACCGACAAGGGGAAGGGCAAAGGCAAGGCCGUCGAGCAGCCAGAUGUGAUGGAAGAGGAAGAAGAAUCCGAAGAAGAGAGCGCAGCUGAAGAGCAACCUGAACCUGAAGAAGAAGAAGACGAAGACAUGGAAGAGAUCGACCCCAGCAACAUUGUUCAAGGCCGCACUCGCCGCAAGCAGAUCGACUGGGCCGAGGCCGAGCAGAAGCUGAAGGAGGGAGGUGACUUGGACGAAGACGAGGACGAUGAUGACGAUGAGGAUUUCGAGGCCGAGGAUGACGACGAAGAGAUGAAGGGUUGA